AUGGCGUGGUGGAUUGUCCUGCUUUUGUGCAUUGGGAACUCUGGAGCCCAUGUAAUGGAUAUACUCAAUAAAAGUGACCCAAGCCUAGAGGAAAGUCUGUUGAGUCUCCUUCAGAGAUUGAAACUGGAGGAAUUUUACGACACGCUGCUUGUCUAUGGAGGGGAUUGUGUUUUACAUUCCCUAUCCAGACGUUUGGAUGUCUCCACAGUGCUGGUGUCCUCAGGUAGCACUAAUUUCGAUUGGAACUUCAGCAGUCUAACCCUGAUACUUAGCUGUGACCCCGACGCAGAGAGAGAGGUGACCUAUCGAACUCUGAUGAAGUUGCAACGAAACAGGCGUCUGAUAUACUUGCAACGAAAUAUCCAACCAAAAUCAGUGUGCAAUAGCUAUUCACAAAAGGAGCAACACAAUGUAGCCAUGGUGCGAGAACAUUUCGAUAAGUUGGGAGUUAUAUACGCCUGUCGGUACUUUGAAGAUCCCAACUUUGAAAAAAUAAGUUUAUGGGAUGAAAAACCAAUUUAUAUUGAAAACUUUCGAAAUAUGCAUGGAAAAGCUAUCAGAACAGUGGCGGAUCUUUUACCCCCUCGUUCCAUGAUUCAUCUAGAUGCAAAGAGCGGUGAUAUGCAGAUGAUGGGUUAUGUAGCCAAUUUAAUAAACAAUUACGCUCAGAAAGUGAAUGCUACACUGCAAUUGGAAGUUUUGAACAAUAAAUUCAUUGUGAGGGAAAUAUUAAAAAUGGUUGAAAACGAACAGCUUGACAUUGGCACUACUUUGGAUAUCUCAUUGCGAACGGCGAUCCUUGAAACAUCCAGCUAUCCAUACAUUCUGACAUCGUACUGCUUAAUGCUUCAGGUUCCAGCCAAAUUGCCAUACAAUAUGGUAUAUGCUAUGAUUGUGGAUCGUCUAGUGCUCGGCAUUAUCUUCGCCCUGUUUUGCCUACUCUCCAUACUUCUAAUAUAUAGUAAGAAAAUGUCCUGGCAGGACCUAAACCUGGCCAACAUCCUGUUAAACGACAAAAGCCUUCGUGGCCUUUUAGGCCAAUCUUUUCCAUUUCCCUCCAAUGCAGGAAAACAUUUGAGACUAAUAUUUUGCAUACUUUGUUUCGCCAGCAUUAUGAUGACCACUAUGUAUGAGGCUUAUCUGCAAUCUUUUUUUACGAAUCCCCCAUCUGAAUCCAAAAUUCACUCCUUCCAGGACAUUGGUAAAUAUCAACCAAAGAUUGCAAUGCCAUCGAUUGAGAUUGAAGCUCUGAUCAAGACCAAUAAUUCAUAUUUCCAAGAAAUUCAGAAAGAUGCCUUGAUAAUCUUUGACAAUUUGCCGGAGUACGCUAAGCUGCGAGAUGCCUUCAAUCUUAACUACAGUUUUGUGGUGACGGGAGAUCGUUGGAGUGCCUAUGCGGAGCAGCAGGAGCUCUUCAAGGACCCAGUCUUCUAUUUCGCAAGGGACCUCUGCUUUUCCCGCCUCAUCUAUAUGUCCAUUCCCCUCCGGGCACAUCUGCCAUAUCGACACCUCUUCGAGGAGCACAUGAUGCGGCAGCAGGAGUUUGGAUUGGUGAGUCACUGGAGGAGCCACAGCUUUUUCGAUAUGGUUAGAUUGGGACUAACACCGCUCAAGGACCUAAGUCGCCCAAAAACAAUUAGCCCAAGUAUAUUAUUGGAUGAUAUCUCAUGGAUACUGAAAAUCUAUCUGGCUGCCACUGUGCUAAGCAUUUGCUGCUUCUUGUUUGAAAUAGGAGGAGAAAAGUGGCUGCGUUGGCGUGAACUGAGGAAUUAA